UGUGGCAGUGUGGAGGGAGCAUGGAGGUGCUGCCCUGCUCCCGGGUGGCGCACAUCGAGCGCACGAAGAAGCCCUACAACAACGACAUCGACUACUAUGCAAAGCGCAACGCCCUGCGCGCCGCCGAGGUCUGGAUGGAUGACUUCAAAUCCCACGUUUACAUGGCCUGGAACAUCCCCAUGGCGAACCCUGGAGUUGACUUUGGAGACGUUUCUGAAAGGAUUGCUCUGCGACAGCGACUGCAGUGCCGGAGCUUUAAGUGGUACUUGGAGAACGUGUACCCUGAAAUGAGGGUUUAUAAUAACACAGUCACUUAUGGAGAGGUGCGGAACAGCAAAGCCAGUGGCUACUGCUUGGACCAGGGAGCCGAGGAGGAUGACAAAGCAAUCCUGUAUCCAUGCCAUGGGAUGUCCUCUCAGCUCGUCCGCUACAGCUCCGAGGGGGUCCUGCAGCUGGGACCACUGGGCUCCACCGCCUUCCUGCCCGACUCCAAAUGCCUGAUUGACGAUGGCAAGGGCAGGACACCCACUCUGAAGAAGUGUGAAGAUGUCCUGAGGCCAGCGCAGAGGUUCUGGGAUUUCACACAGAAUGGUCCGAUCAUCAGCAGAGACACUGGCCGUUGCCUAGAGGUGGAAAUGUCCAAGGAUGCCAAUUUUGGGCUCAGAUUGGUUGUCCAGAGGUGCUCGGGGCAGAAAUGGAUGAUCAGGAACUGGAUCAAACACGGCAGACACUGACUGCUGGGGCUGGGUUGCCCCUCCUGCUGGUGUCCAUUCCUCAGUGUGCCACACCUUGCAAGGCAUUUUGUCUUAAAGCAGAUUAGUUUGGACAGGUCUCGGCUCCCAAGAGUCCUCCUUAGUCGGGCAUUCAAAGGGAAGAAAGAAGGAGAACAAAAAGCAGACACACACACGCCCUGUUUGACUCUUCCUUGCUCCAGUAGAUGACGUGGGAAGCUUAACAAGAGUUUUCUGUUGAUUUGGGAAAUCUUGUGAAGAUCAGAACACGACAGGAGGGCGGAUUCCUUAAGCUCUCCUCGAAGAAUUAAGAGACAGACCUUUCUGUGAUGAGUUCAAAGGAGAGAUCCCAAUACUGCCUCAUAAAGAGAGUUCUCUGAUGGGUAGCUUUUUAGCUUUAAGUUUUUGACUGGUGCACAACUCCUAUGGUGAAUAAUCAUGUGCCUUUUUUAUUGUACUUCGUAUAAAAGAGGACUGGAAAAAUCCUACCUUUUCAGCAUGUCUGGUUCGUUGUACUAAAACAAGAAGAUCUGUAAAUAACACUGGAAAUAUAAUAUACUCUAUGAUACAUUUCGAGGUUGAUUGUUUAGGAGUCUCUGUUUCUAGAGAGAGACUGUUCUGCAAAUGUUUACAGGUGGUUCUCAACCUUCAGGCUGCUGAAAAGCAGCAUUUUAGAGACCUCUUCUAGAUAGACACAGGUAAAUGUUGAAUAGGUAAAAUAGCCACACGCUCCGUUAUAUUGCCACAUUUUUCCAUUUGUUGGCUGUGAAGGCAUCACAAAAUAGCACUUGCAUAUUUAACUCUUUGGAGGCAUUGAAUGUCCUGCUGGAGGGGGGGAUUUCAAGAGGCCUCAGUUGGCCCCCCAGGCCCUGAGUGGGUGAGUGGGAGGUUCCCUUCCUGCCAUGCUGUGCAUGCAGGUGCCCUGCUGGGCUGUUCCAGGGGCUGCUGGAUGCCCUUGGUACUCCUGCAGAUGAGUUGAGUGGCGUCGGU